AAAAGCAGAAAUGAGGGUUAUCUGUGUGUUUUUACUACUUGGAUUCUGCAGUGUUCAAGCAAGUGUCUCCACAACAGACUCUGUCCCUUCUAUCAAUGGAACCUCCAAUCAUACAUCAAAUGAAACAGAAAAAGAACAUGCUGAGGGAGUGGUAUUGGUGGAAAUCAAGUAUGAAGCGAUUAAAGAGCCAUUCUUCUUAACUCUGGUCGUCUUGAUUGCUGGUCUAAGUAAAAUUGGAUUUCACCAUGCAGAUGUUGUAUCUUCAAGGGUCCCUGAAUCUUGUCUUCUCAUCAUAUUAGGGGUCAUAUUUGGAUCCAUUUUAUUCUUAGGAAUAGGAGCUAAUGAGAGUUUUCCUGAUUUUUUUACACCAGAGAUCUUCUUUCACUACCUUCUACCACCUAUUAUAUUGGAAGCCUCCUUCAGCCUUUAUGACAAAACAUUUGCAGACAAUCUAGGAAGUGUUCUGAUACUGGCUGUCAUUGGAACAACGAUAUCAUGUUUCUUAAUAGGACUGACAUUGUAUGGGUUGAUGAUGGCUGGUGCUAUGGGAGCUAUAUCACAGAUCCCCUUAAUUCAGAUACUUGUCUUCUCCUCCCUUAUAGUAGCAGUGGACCCAGUGGCAGUCCUGGCAGUCUUUACAGAGGUGGGUAUUAAUCCUACCCUGUAUUUCCUUGUGUUUGGGGAAUCUUUACUAAAUGAUGGUGUAACUGUUGUGUUGUAUAAUGUGAUGCAGACAUACAACAGGUUACAAGAAGGAGGGGGGACAAUUGAUGCUGUUCAGAUUGUGUUGGGUAUUGUGAAGUUUAUAAUUGUAUGUGCUGGAGGUCUUGUUAUUGGGAUACUAGUGGGGUGCCUAUCAGCUGUACUUACCAAGUUCACCAACACAGUCAAAGUGGUUGAACCCAUAGCUAUAUUUGGAAUGGCAUACUUAGCUUUUCUCCUUGCAGAGUUGUUUGAAUUUUCAGGAAUUAUUUGUAUUAUAGGCUGUGGACUGGUGCAAGUUGCCUACGCCUUUAAUAACAUAACUCCAAAAUCCAAAGUAGCAAUCAAAUACUUCUCAAAAGUAUUGAGCAAUACAUCAGAGAUUAUCAUUUUUCUGUUCCUGGGUCUGGCUCUGGUUACAGAUCAUGACUGGCGGACAGGCUUUGUUCUGUGGACUUUGGUGUUGUGUAUUGGAUUCAGAUUUUUAGUUGUGUAUGGACUCACCUUCCUAAUCAACAAGUUUGAUACAUACAGAGUCCGCAAGAUAGGAUUUGAUGAAAUGUUUAUUAUGAGCUAUGGAGGACUGCGUGGUGCUGUUUGCUUUUCCCUGGUGGCUCUGCUGGACAAGAAUGAGUUUAAAGAGAAGGAUAUGUUCGUGACCACAACUCUGUUCAUCAUCCUCUUUACCGUCUUCUUCCAGGGUGCCACAAUAAAACCAAUUGUGAAUGCUAUGCGAGUGAGACUAGCACCCAAAGAUCAGAGUACAACAAUGUAUCUUGUUCUUCAUGAGAAAAUUAAUGAUCACUUAAUGGCUGGCAUUGAAGAAGUAUUGGGUUACCUGGGAAAGUUUACACUCCGAGAAAAAUUCCAUUAUAUUGAUGACAAUUAUAUUCGGAAGUUGCUACUGAAAACACCCAACUUGGAAGAUGGGGCAGAUCUGAUUGGCAAUUAUGAAAAACUAAUGAUGAGAGAGCAUUACAAGAAUCUGCAUUUGUGUGGUGCUGCUAACCUCCCAAAAGUCCCAAGUGAUCUGAGAAAUGUGGACAGCUCAGCUGCAUUGUUAGAACUUGAGGCAGGUGAAGAGGUAGAAAAAGAAGAGGAAGAGUUUAAACCUAAAGAAGCAGUAAUGAAACCAGGAAAUUUAAAUGGUCCAAAUACUAGUGGUAACGAGCCCAGGAAGUCCCAGAGGAAGCCAAUUUCUAUCUCAAUAGGAGGAGAACCUACCGCCAAGGACUUCAGAAACUUGUUAGAUCAAAGUAUGAGGUCCCCAACCCUAGUGAUUCCAAAGAAAAGAUUUGACGAUUUUGUCAGCGACACUGCCAAAGUUGAUUUUCUAAACUUAAGAAAAAGACGAAAGAAUAAUGCUCGACUACAGCGCAUGAAAUCCAUCAGGAAGAUGCCAGAAAGGGCCCUAUCAUGGACGGAGGAGGACACAGCUCUGUGUAGAAAUAGGUCAAAUAAUCGCCUCAAAGGGCGAACAAAUAAAGCCAUGACAGUAGACUAUUCCCCACUGGAGGGAAAUAAAGAAUUCAAUACUUCUUUAAUCAGUCAGACAAUUCCUGAGGAUGAUGUGUUUGGGACAGAGGAACAUGGGGCUGAGGGCAGCCCACUGAUAACAGACAACACAGAUUCAAAGGGACCUAAAGACAAUGGGUCAAAGAAGAAAGUGUUACACGAAGCUCUCCAUCGUCAGGAUGCCAUUGAAAACAUCCCUAUGGAGAAUGUUAAGGAGGUUAAGAGAACCAAAUCUUUAGAUGUUUAGUUUCAGACUGUAGCUAUAUAGUAUAGAUAUGUCUUUUGAUAUGAAUUUUUAGAUUAGUUUGGAAGGGUUUGCUGAUUAUAGGAAGUGGUUAUUUUGUUAUCUAUUAUUUUUUAUCAUUUAUUUUGCACUUAACAUUAUUUAUUUUUCUAAUAUGCAUAUAAUUCUCUUCUGUAUACCUUUAAUUUUUUUUUUUUUUUUUUUUGAUAUUUCUUUUUUAUGCAGGUGAGAGAAAAAUUUAUAUUUUUAAAGAAAUCAAAUUAGUUAAACUAAAAUUAUAUAAUUAAGUGAACAAUUGUUUUCAUUUGCCUCUUCAUGCAUGUUUAGAGUUAACCAAAGAGGUCUAUGAGAUUUUUGUGACCAAGGUGUCAGAGUGAUAGAAUAGUCUGUGAUUGACCUAAUUAUUUGGAAUAUUCAUAGAUGUUGCCAUUUGCCAAUGAUUUGAAGUACUGUGCACCAACACCUUGAAUCUGGUGAUUAAUGAACCAGAGGGUGUCAUUCAAUUUUUUUCUCUCUUAAAUGCAUAGAGAGGUAUUUAAUUUAGCUAUCGCAUGCACAUUUUUUUUUUUUUGCAGAUCAGCAAAAGAAGGCUGACUCAAUCUGAAAUUAUUACAAUUUACUCGUUCAUCAAUCAUUGUUCUUUCAAGAAAGUAAAAUGCUCAUUUCAUUUUGAGAAAAUUUCUUUAAAUUUGUUAUGUGUUGUGUCUAAAAACCAUAGAGUUACAACUCUAUGUUAAUAGAGAGAACCUUUUUAUAGGUUCAAGGGAAUUAAGUUAUAAUUGUUGACAGGAUACUAUACCUGGUAGUAAUGUCGUAUGGAAUUGAAUUUUUGAGAGACUACUAGAGUAAUGUCUCAUAGAAUUGUUUCAUUACCUAUGCCCUUCUCUUGGUGCAAGAGUGAAGAUUUACUUAAAUAAGUAAAAAUUGUACUGAAUGUAGAAACAAAAUUCACACAAAAUUCAACAUGUACAUGUGUUUCCUUCAUGUUUACCUUAAUCAGUAAGACAUUAUGUCUUUUGAAACACUGUAUGGAAAAUCAAGUAUGGUUAUAAAAAUAAAUAUUUUAAAGAAUUACAUAAAAUGUUUAAGAUGAUAUGCUUUUGUACAUAAGUAAGCAAACGUUAUAUAAAAUUCAACAAAUAAAAACACAAAUUUAUAUUUUUAUAUUAAGACUAUAAGAAUAUUUGUGCACUCUCAACUCUAUUUGGCAUCACAUCUGAAUUUUUUAUUAUAUAUAAAACAAAUGGUUUCCUUCACGCUGAUUGCCUGAAAUCCUCCAUCAGCAAAAAAUAUGUGGCAUAAUCUUUAUCUCCUUUAAAUUAAAAAGUAAAUACGAAGAACACGUACAUAAGCAUAAUUGAGGACAUUAUAUUAUUUCAAACUUGAUUCAAAAUCCAUAUGCAUUCAUGAUUUCAUGUUUAUGUAUAUAUUACAAGAUAUGUAUUAACCUACACUGAUAUUCUUAAACUCUAUUUAUAUUUUGGAUGAAUAUAUGACAAUGAGUACAACAAAUAUUACCACACUAAGUUUAAAACAUCCAAGAAACUAACACUAUAUGAUAAUUUUGACCCUUGGAUAUGAUAUACCCUAUUGAUGUUCUUAAUAUUAAUAAAAAAUUCAUUAUUAACUAUUCCUUAAAUAUCAAGCAUUUUUCUAGCUGUAUCACAUGUAGGUAUUUUUCUGAAUACAAUAUAUAUACUCUUUUAUAGUUAUACUACUAUUUUUAGUUUUAGAUGUACAAUAGUUUUUUGGUUUAAUGGUAUACUAGAUUGUAGGGUAUUGGGAAUUGCAGCAUAUUUGCAGAAUCUGUGUUUCCAAAACUUGCACACAAGAUAUUUUUUCAAAGUAUAUUUGUAUAUGUAUGUAUACAUGUCCUAAAAAGAAUUUUUUUUAAUUUUCAAGUUAACAUUUAUUAGUUUUAGUGGAGAAGUACGACGUUACAUUUUUGGUUUACAUUUGAGGUUUUAUAGUGAAUGUACUCCUUUAUACAAUAAUUGUUCAUUUAGUGCUCAUAUAUACAUUGUGUUCAUAUCAUUUACAUUCUGUUUAUUAAUAGUAAGCAUAAAUGAUUUUCUGUGAUCAGGCAAUAUUUACGCAUAAAAUGAUUUUCUGUGAUCAGGCAAUAUUUACGCAUAAAAUGAUUUUCUGUGAUCAGGCAAUAUUUACGCAUAAAAUGAUUUUCUGAGGUCAUGCAAUAUGUACACAGAAAAUUUUCUUAUGUCAUGCAAUAUGUGUAGUGCAUAUUUUGAUUUGAGCAAUCAGUGCAGAAUGCUUUAUAUUUUUGUAGCUAAAGAUUAUUGCCCGGUUAUCAUUCUUAUUUAUUAAGAAAUGAAUCAAUUAAAUUACUUUCAUCUAUAGACAUCAUUUAUAUUGUAUAAUCCUCAUCCUGAAUGUAGAAAGUAUUAAAAAUUGUAAAUAUA